GAGAGAGAGAGAGAUCAGUGGUUUAUGUUUACAAGCAAUUAAUUUGUCUUGGUGUACUGGUGAUUAAUAAUAAUAAUAAUAAUAAUAAUAAUAAUAAUAAUAAUAAUAAUAAAGUUAUUAGCUAAUUAAAGCAAGAUCAUGCCUCCAAAAAAGAAAGGAACAGGGAAGUCUGUGGAGGAAAAGAGCAGUACUGUAGACCAAAAACCAUCUACAGCGAAUGUAAGGCUCUGUACUUUAACCCGAAAACCAUCUAUAGAGAAUGGAAAGAGCAGUACUGUAACCCGAAAACCAUCUAUAGAGAAUGGAAAGAGCAGUACUGUAACCCGAAAACCAUCUAUAGAGAAUGGAAAGAGCAGUACUGUAACCCGAAAACCAUCUAUAGAGAAUGGAAAGAGCAGUACUGUAACCCGAAAACCAUCUAUAGAGAAUGGAAAGAGCAGUACUGUAGCCCAAAAACCAUCUACAGAGAAUGGAAAGAGCAGUACUGUAGCCCAAAAACCAUCUACAUCGAUGGAAAAGAACGAUACUGUAGCCCAAGGACCAUCUACUGCGGAGGAAAAGAGCAGUACUGUAGACCAAGGACCAUCUACUGCGGAGGAAAAGAGCAGUACUGUAGACCAAGGAUCAUCUACUGCGGAGGAAAAGAGCAGUACUGUAGACCAAGGAUCAUCUACUGUGGAGGAAAAGAGCAGUACUGUAGACCAAGGACCUACUGUGGAGGAAAAGAGCAGUACUGUAGACCAAGGACCAUCUACUGCGGAGGAAAAGAGCAGUACUGUAGACCAAGGAUCAUCUACUGCGGAGGAAAAGAGCAGUACUGUAGACCAAGGACCAUCUACUGCGGAGGAAAAGAGCAGUACUGUAGACCAAGGACCAUCUACUGUGGAGGAAAAGAGCAGUACUGUAGACCAAGGACCAUCUACUGUGGAGGAAAAGAGCAGUACUGUAGACCAAGGACCUACUGUGGAGGAAAAGAGCAGUACUGUAGACCAAGGACCUACUGUGGAGGAGAUGUCGAAAGAGCAGCUGGAAAAACAAAUUAUCCAGAUGCGUGAGGAGCUGGAUCGGGAGCAAAAAGAGCGCAAUUACUUCCAGCAGGAGAGAGAUAAGAUACAUGACUUUUGGGAGAUCACCAAAUGCCAGAUAGAGGAGAAGAAAGCAGAAAUAAGGAACACGGAUAAAGAACUGGAAGAAUCUGCAGAGAAACAUCAGCAAGAGAUCAGGAAGUACAAGGAGAAGAUUAAAGACAUGCUGUUAGAACAUCAAAAUAGCAUCGUGGAGUGUAAGCACGAGGGAGUGGUUGCCACCAAACUCCUGGAGAAAGAGCGGGCAGACCUGGAGAGCGAGCUGCAGAAAGACAUACGCAGGCUGAAAGUUGAUUCGAAAGAACAGGAGCUCUUGUACGAGAAAUCCAUCACGAGCCUAAAACUGAGCCAUGAAAAGGAGAUCACCAAGCUCAGAAGUGAAUUUGAGGAAAAAUUACGAGUAAUCAAGGCUACGUAUGAGAAGAAGCUGGAAGAACAGCAAGAGGAGCUAGACCUGAGGCUCAAGACUGAAAUACACGAGAUUGAGCAACGGAAGAAUGCCCACAUUAAGAAACUGAUAAAGAGCCACGAUAAAGCCUUCAGUAAUAUAAAGAACUAUUAUAAGGAUCUCACUUACGAGAGCGUGAACCAAAUCGACUCGCUUGAGGAGGAAGUGGCUGAAAAGAACAAGAAGGAUGAAACGUUGGAGAAGGAGAAGCUCAAUGUGCUGCAGCAGAACAAGCAACUGACGGAGCUACUGCAGAAAGCCACGCAGGAAGUGUCAGAGCUGCAGAAACAGCUCACCGACUAUCAGAAGAACAAAAGCUUACUGGCGGGAACGAAAGCACGUCUCAAAGUGGCAGAUACAGAGCUGAAGGACCUGAAAUUUGAGCAUGGACUUCUGAAACACAUAUUCAGUAAGAUGAAGCAGGAUUCUGAUGAACUGUACAAGAAAUUCGACAAGGCCAUCCUGGAGGUGCAGCAGAAAGCAGCUUUAAAAACCUUCUUCAGGAGAGGAAACUGAUGCUCAAACAGAGACCGGAGAAUAAAGGGGGACCGCUUAACAAGGUCCUUCCUGCCCCCAAUUUAGAGCCCAGUGCCUUCGGAAAGUAUACAUUUCCGUAUUAUAAAUUCUUUAUUUUAAUAUUUUGAUAU